GAGCAGAGUCGUACAGGCCUCGCACUGUGAGGAAGAGAACGACUUGAAUGAAAAUACCACUAAACAAGGGAUUAUCCAUACUUUUGACUUUCUCAAGAAUAUCAGCUGUGGAAAAGCUCCAUAGUUGUGUCUAUUGUUAGAAAAGCAUAGAUUGCAAAUCACAACUGAUUAUGCACAAGAGGAGCCACACAGGAUAAAAACCAUACAAAUCAUCUGAUUUUGGCAAAAGCUUUAGUCAGAACAGCUCCCUUGUGGUUCAUGGAAAGAGCUACACAAGAGAAAAGCCAUAAAAGCACUCCUAGUGCAGUAAAUGCUUUAGUGAGCAUGGCAACGUGGUGAUACAUCAGAGGAUUCAUAGCAGAGAGAAAACGUAUGACUGUACUGAUUGUGUGAAAGUUUCAUUAGAAAUUCCCAUGUCAUGAGGCACCAUAGGUCAUACACAGAAGAGAAACACUUUGAAUGUCCUCAUUGUGGGAAAAGUUUCAAUAGAAAUUCCCAUCUGGUGAGACACCAGAGGACUCACACAGGAGAGAAACCCUAUGAAUGUCCUGAUUGUGGGAAACGUUUCAGUGAGAAUUCCAAGCUUGUGAUCCACCAGAGGACUCACACAGGAGAGAAACCCUUUGAAUGUAUUUAUUGUGGGAAAAGUUUCAGUCGCAAUUCCACCCUGGUGAUACACCAGAGGACUCACACAGGAGAGAAACCCUUUGAAUGUCCUGAUUGUGGGAAAGGUUUCAGUUGGAAUUCCCACCUAGUGAGACACCAGAGGACUCACACAGGAGAGAAACCUUUUGAAUGUCCUGAUUGUGGGAAAAGUUUCUGUUGCAAUUCCCACCUAGUGAUGCACCAGAGGACUCACACAGGAGACAAACCCUUUCAAUGUAUUUAUUGUGGGAAAAGUUUCAGUCGCAAUUCCAGCCUGGUGAUACACCAGAGGACUCACACAGGAGAGAAACCCUUUGAAUGUCUUGAUUGUGGAAAAAGUUUCAGUUGCAAUUCUAGCCUGGUGAUACACAAGAGGAAUCACACAGGAGAGAAACCCUUUGAAUGUCCUGAUUGUGGGAAAAGUUUCAGUCGUGAUUCUUCUCUGGUGAAUCACCAGAGUACACACAGAGGAGAGAAACCCUUUGAAUGUCCUGUUUGUGGGAAAAGUUUCAGUCAGAAUUCCAGCCUUGUGAACCACCAGAGGACUCACACAGGAGAGAAACCCUUUGAAUGUCCUGUUUGUGGGAAAGGUUUCAGUCAGCAUUCCAGCCUUGUGAACCACCAGAGGACUCACACAGGAGAGAAACCCUUUGAAUGUCCUGAUUGUAGGAAAAGUUUCAGUCACAAUUCCCACUUGGUGACUCACCAGAGGACUCACACAGGAGAGAAACCGUUUGAAUGUCCUGAUUGUGGGAAAAGUUUCAGUCAGAGUUCCAGCCUUGUAAUACACCAGACGAUUCACACAGGAGAGAAACUCUUUGAAUGUCCUGAUUGUGGAAAAAGUUUCAGUUGUUAUUCCUACCUGGUGACACACCAGAGGACUCACACAGGAAAGAAACCGUUUGAAUGUCUUGAUUGUGGGAAACGUUUCAGUGAGAAUUCCAAGCUUGUGAUCCACCAGAGGACUCACACAGGAGAGAAACCCUUUGAAUGUAUUUAUUGUGGGAAAAGUUUCAGUCGCAAUUCCACCCUGGUGAUACACCAGAGGACUCACACAGGAGAGAAACCCUUUGAAUGUCCUGAUUGUGGGAAAGGUUUCAGUUGGAAUUCCCACCUAGUGAGACACCAGAGGACUCACACAGGAGAGAAACCUUUUGAAUGUCCUGAUUGUGGGAAAAGUUUCUUUUGCAAUUCCCACCUAGUGAUGCACCAGAGGACUCACACAGGAGACAAACCCUUUCAAUGUAUUUAUUGUGGGAAAAGUUUCAGUCGCAAUUCCAGCCUGGUGAUACACCAGAGGACUCACACAGGAGAGAAACCCUUUGAAUGUCUUGAUUGUGGAAAAAGUUUCAGUCGCAAUUCUAGCCUGGUGAUACACAAGAGGAAUCACACAGGAGAGAAACCCUUUGAAUGUCCUGUUUGUGGGAAAAGUUUCAGUCAGAAUUCCAGCCUUGUGAACCACCAGAGGACUCACACAGGAGAGAAACCCUUUGAAUGUCCUGAUUGUAGGAAAAGUUUCAGUCACAAUUCCCACUUGGUGACCCACCAGAGGACUCACACAGGAGAGAAACCGUUUGAAUGUCCUGAUUGUGGGAAAAGUUUCAGUCAGAAUUCCAGCCUUGUAAUACACCAGACGAUUCACACAGGAGAGAAACCCUUUGAAUGUCCUGAUUGUGGAAAAAGUUUCAGUUGUUAUUCCUACCUGGUGACACACCAGAGGACUCACACAGGAAAGAAACCGUUUGAAUGUCUUGAUUGUGGGAAACGUUUCAGUGAGGAUUCCAGCAUUGUGGUACACCAGAGGACUCAUACAGGAGAGAAACCCUUUGAAUGUAUUUAUUGUGGGAAAAGUUUCAGUCGCAAUUCCAGCCUGAUGAUACACCAGAGGACUCACACAGGAGAGAAACCCUUUGAAUGUAUUUAUUGUGGGAAAAGUUUCAGUCACAAUUCCAGACUGGUGUCCCACCACAGGACUCACACAGGAGAGAAACCCUUUGAAUCUCCUGAUUGUGGGAAAAGUUUCAGUGAGAAUUCCAGCAUUGUGGUACACCAGAGGACACACAGGAGAAAAACCUUUUGAAUGUCCUGUUGUGGGAAAAGUGUCAGUCAGAAUUCCAGCCUUGUGAACCACCAGAGUACUCACACAGGAGAGAAACCCUUUGAAUGUCCUGAUUGUAG